GUCGGGAACAAGUAAAUGUAAAACAAACAUUCCCUCACGACUGAAAUCAUCUUUUGCACAUGUGGUAACAUAAUGUUAUCAAGAUAUGAACAGCCCUGAAUCUUUUUAGAGGGAACCAUGUCUGGCACAGGUGGAGGGAAGCGUGCCUCAGGUGGGGACAGUCCCCCUGGUCCACCUGAAAAGAAAUCGAAGAAAGAGGAGAAGACAACCACAACUCUAAUCGAGCCCAUUCGUAUUGGAGGAGUUGCCUCCACGGAAGAGAUGGACAUGAAGGUGAUCCAGUUCAAGAACAAGAAGCUGUGUGAGCGGCUGGAGCAGCGACAGGUGAUGGAGGAUGAAUUGCGAGAGAAGAUCGAAAAGUUGGAGAAACGUCAGGCUACUGAUGACACCACCCUGCUCAUUGUGAAUCGCUAUUGGACUCAGCUUGAUGAGAACCUUCAGGUCCUGCUUCGGCGUGUUAAGCCUGAGAGCCCUCCAGAGCCCACUGCAGCUUCAGACUCUGCCCUGGCUCCAGAGCCUGCUGCCCCCACUCCUGCCCUGGCUCCUGAACGCCCUCCAGUGCCUGCUCCCGAGCCGGACACAGAGCCCCCGCCAGCACCCUCUUCAGCUGAUGGGGAAGACGUGCCAGCUCCUCCACAGCCUCCUGCCCCAGAGGAGGAGGAGGACCGGCAGCAGCCGAAACAGCCACCUCCUCAGCAAGAUGGCCUGGACCAGCCUGCCACAGUAGUGCCACGGGCAGAUGGCAUCACAGCACUCCCUCCGCCGACCCCACUGAGUGACAGUGCCAAGGAGUUCCUGACCACCCUGGACCACUGCUGCGAGGAGGAGCUGGGCCUGCAGCUGCAGGAUCGCAUGCAGUUCAGCAAGGGCGCCAUGGCCUGCAUGGUGUGCGUCUUCGACCGGCUACACUCCAACAUCGAGGACCUGUGCGCCAGAGUACAGAUGGCAGUGAGCGAGGAUGAUAACCCGAGAGAGAUCCUGGCCCAGAAUCGCUCUCUACUGGAGGAGAACAGGAGACUACAGGACCUCGCCUCUUCGCUGCAGGGGAAGCACCAUAAAGUGUCUAUGGAGUAUAACGAGUUGGUGGAUAAGGUGACUGGCUCGGAGACAAAGGUGUCUGAGAUGGAGACAGCUGUGGAGGACCUGCAGUGGGACAUUGAGAAGCUGCGGAACCGAGAGCAGAAGCUCAACAAGCACCUGGCUGAGGCCCUGGAACAGUUAAACUCAGGCUACUACGCCACAGGCAGCUCAGGAGGACUCCCUGGAGGUCAGAUCACCCUCAGCAUACAGAAGUUUGAGCUGCUCAAUGCCGAGCUCGAGCAGAACCAGGAGCUGGCCAACAGCCGCAUGGCGGAGCUGGAGAAACUGCAGCAGGAACUCCAGGAGGCCGUCAAGGAGAGCGAGAAGCUGAAGAUGGAUCUGCGGAACAUUCCAGAAGAAGUGGUAAAGGAGACACCGGAGUACAAGUGCCUGCAGUCGCAGUUCUCCCUGCUGUACAAUGAGUCUCUCAGUGUGAAGACCCAGCUGGACGAGGCACGGGCGCUGCUGCUGACGGCCAAGAAUGCUCACCUCAGACAGAUUGAGCACAUGGAGAGUGACGAGCUGUCCCUGCAAAAGAAGCUCCGCACCGAGGUCAUCCAGCUGGAGGACACGCUGGCCCAGGUGCGCAAGGAAUACGAGAUGCUGCGCAUCGAGUUCGAGCAGAACCUGGCAGCCAACGAGCAAGCAGGGCCCAUCAACAGGGAGAUGCGUCACCUGAUCAGCAGCCUACAGAACCACAACCACCAGCUGAAGGGCGACGUGCAGCGCUACAAGAGGAAGCUCCGCGAGACCCAGAUGGAGAUAAACAAGCUGCGCUGCCAGAGCGGGGAAGCCAGCGGGGCGCUGUUGCUGGAGGAGCCGGUGACUGACGGGGGCCUGGAGGUGAAGAAGGAGGAGGACGAGGACCAGCAGGAAGAGGAGGAGGAGGAGCGGCGGCGCGAGCUGGAGAGGCAGCGGGCGCGCGAGCGUGAGCGGGAGGCCGAGAGGGAGCGAGAGCGCGAGAGGGAACGAGAGAGGCAGCGCAGCGAGGAGCUGAAGAGGAAGGACUCGGACACGCUCAAGAUGCUCCGUGCCGAGCUGAAGAAGGCGCAGGAGUCCCAGAAGGAGAUGAAGCUGCUGCUGGACAUGUACAAAUCCGCCCCCAAAGAGCAGCGGGACAAAGUCCAGCUAAUGGCCGCUGAGAGGAAGGCCAAAGCCGAGGUGGAAGAGCUGAGAGUCCGUGUGCGUGAGCUGGAGGAGAGGGAGAGGAAGGAAAGCAAGAAGCUGGCGGAUGAGGAUGCCCUGAGGAAGAUCCGGGUUGCCGAGGAGACCAUCGACCACCUGCAGAAGAAGCUCGCCGCCACCAAACAGGAGGAGGAGGCGCUGCUGAGUGAGAUGGACGUGACGGGCCAGGCCUUCGAGGACAUGCAGGAGCAGAAUAGCCGGUUGCUGACGCAGCUCCGCGAGAAGGACGACGCCAACUUCAAGCUCAUGAGCGAGAGGAUCAAGUCCAAUCAGAUCUAUAAGCUCCUGCGUGAGGAGAAGGAGGAGCUGGCCGACCAGGUGCUCACCUUCAAGACCCAGGUGGACGCCCAGCUGCUGGUGGUCCAGAAGCUGGAGGAGAAGGAGGGCAUCCUGCAGAGCACUCUGGCCGCCCUGGAGAAGGAGGUGGCCAUCCGUUCACAGUCCCUGGAGCUCAACAAGAGAAAGGCUGUGGAGGCGGCCCAGCUGGCUGAAGACCUGAAGGUGCAGCUGGAGCACACGCAGAACAAGCUCAGGGAGAUCCAGGCGUCUGUGCAAGACAACCGCACUGCCCGCGAGAGGGAGAGCAGCAACCUCAAACGAGCACAGGAGGAUCUGUCGAGGCUUCGUCGCAGGCUGGAGAAACAGAAGAAGGUCGAGAUGUACACAGAUGCUGAUGAGAUCCUUCAAGAGGAGAUCAACCAGUACAAGGCGAAACUGCGCUGCCCAUGCUGCAACACACGUGACAAGGAGACGGUGCUCACCAAGUGUUUCCACGUCUUCUGCUACGAGUGUCUGAAGACACGCUACGACACCCGGCAGAGGAAGUGUCCCAAGUGUAACGCCGGCUUCGGGGCCAACGACUUUCACCGCAUCUACAUCACCUAGAGGGCCACCCGCUAGGCAGGAGCGAGCAAAUCCAUGGACUGAACCAAAGUACAAGGGGGGGAAAGCAAGCAACAAAAAAAAGGAAAGAAGGGAAUGAGGCAGUUAUAGCAGAGGUUUUUUUUCCAUGCAAGAGUUGUGAGAGAGUGAUGAAAAGGAAAAAAAAGGAGUGCUUGUACUUUUGCUCCAGUUUGUGAAGGACAGUUGGUGCUAGAGACCAAACCGAGAGAAGACCUGAGUGUGGUGAGAGUCCUUCUUGAGUGGGUGCCGUAUAUAAUAGAAAAGAAAAAAAAACUAUGACAUGGGCAUCCAUCAGCAUUACUGCACCAAUACUUGUGUCUUUAGCGAUGGUAGCCAUGGUAGCCAUGCUUCUGGAUCGACUGACUGACCUUCGUCCGUCCCGUCUCCCCCCUUCUCCAUUCGUUUCUCAGAUCUCAUCAUAGUUAAAUUGUCUUAACUUUGUAUUGUGUUACUUUUUUUAUAAAUCGUUUUCACUUUUUUUUUUUUACUAGUAGUUUCUUUUAUUAAGUGAACUUGUUCUUCUCGGCUGUCAAUCACUAUGUACAGCACAUGACCAUUUGGCGGCAGUUAAACAGUUAAAAUGUCCACUUGUCCAGACAGCUCUACAUGUUAGAAUUGCAGUUUGCAUAUCUGGCAAAGUAUGGGCUUGCAGUGCAUUACAUGUCUGUAAAUCCCAGGCUUUAAUAAUGUGAUGUGUGUGUAGUGGAAUAAUGCUUUUUGAGGUCACCUGGGAUCCCUGACCCACGGCUGUGGGUUCCUUUUGCGUCGGAGGGAUUUUGGGGGGGUCUGUCCAUUUUGACCAUGUCCCUUUGGGUAAACCUGGGAUACCAAGGAAUGUCAGACAUGAACAAUGGAAGAAAACUGCUAUGGCUAAUAACUGCUGGCACUGGAGCUGCAGGUUCAGUGACUCCAUUUAGUUGAAAAUCACCCCCAUGCUGUUUUCAGAAUUUGGGUGUUUGAAAGCACUGUUCUGCAGGAAGGUUUUUCUUCUUUUUUUUUCUCUCUUUUUUUUUUUGGAACUCACUGGAAACUUCUCUCCCACAGACUGUAUGGCCUUACAACUGAAUCGAGUUUAAGAGUGCUCGUAACUGUAAUGUGCUGUUAAGUGUCAAACAGGCCUGGUGAUGACUCGAGCGUUUAUUUGCAAAUCUUCAGAUCUUCAAUGCAUGGCUGUUUGGUCCCUUGUAACAAUAGAAAUGUUUCAGAAAUGCUAUCAUGCCAUUGUUGCCAAUGACAAGCGCUGUGAUAGAUGUGAUAAAUUAUGUGUGGUCCUAACCAGAAAAGCUGUCCUCUGUACCUCUGUAUUUGUCUCAUUUUGAGAGGACCAUAAGGUUUCCCCCAUUUGAACAGUUUCAUUACAUUCAUUAUUUCAUUUCCUCCAACACGUUUUUGUUUUCUGUAAAUCUGCCUGAAAGGAACAUCAUAAAGUGGGUAGACCAAUCUGUCGUCCUAGUGAUGUUUUCUUCAUUUCAUUUUCAGUUUCAGUUAAUAGUCUGGGUGCAAUGUAGAUCUGCCACCAGUGAGUUAAAUAACUACGCUUGCUAUUGCGUAUGAAACACUAUUCACUUAACCAUACUUGACCAUACACUUUAUCCGGUACAGUGAAAUGAAUACAAGCAGAAUGAGUGGUGGUGGCGGCUUAUAAAUUGUUACACGUUUAAAGAGAAAAACUAUAUCAGGUGGGCUACCUGGUUGUCAAACUUUGAAAACAUCGAUAAGGAAUAUACCUCUAUGUUUACUCUUUCACAUUACAAAUUUAACUUUGUGUGACAACUAAUUGUUGUUUCCAAUAACACCAAUUCCAGUCUCUUGAAACGUGGGUCGCUCCAGCCUCCGACUCCCGCCUGAAAUUGAGCCAGACAUUGAACUUUCAGUUUGGAACAUAUUCCGUGCAUUACGUCGAUGGGUGGGGUGACCGACCGCUGUGUAUACUGUGAAUAACACUGAUUGUUUUCGUGCAGUUACAUAGCCUUACCAUUGUGAAAAUGUUCACAUGUAACAAAUCUCAGGUCUUUAUUCUGACAUUAUCAUAAUCAUAAUUAUUUGUUUACGUAGUAUACUGAUUCCAAGAUAUCAAAAGUUUUAUCACACACACCCCUCGGAGACCGUCACAGUUCGAAAGUGUACUCAACGAAAUAGUUUCAAUACGCAUUUGCAGGAAACGUACGUCUUUUGACACAGAAACAUUCCCUUUAAACUACAAUGUAGCUAGGUUUCCUGAAGCCUUUCGUGCGCAGCAUACAGAUUCGCAGUACAGUGAGCGCCGAAAGGAAAUGACUCAUACGAGUUGAACCGAGCGCGUGGGUGUGGGCGCUAUUAAAACAAGGCUGAGAGUACUUUGGUGAGUCAUUCAAACGCAGGCCGUGCCAUGGUGAAAAACCACUGUGGCUUUUUAAUCAGAUGAAAUUUCAGGUUUUGCGUGAGUGUUUUUGAAGCGCUAUGGAUACGAAUACUAUAUUCUGUGCUUUCUGUGGGAUCAUCCUGAUGGCAGCAACCAGCAUCAAUGGAGUAAACACGCAGAAAACAUGCAGGCCAUCAGAAGUGUGGAAUCCUGACGUUGAUGAGUGCUUUCCCUGCUCUUCCUGUCUGCAGUACCCCAAAACUCCAUCAUGUGACAAAUGCCCUCGCGUUCUCUCUGCUCCGUCUGAUGCCUGGCGUAUGGCGGCCAUCACCAGCCUCUCUGUGCUGGUUACUGUGCUAGUGUUUGGUGGGCUGCUCAUAGGGGUGCUGGUGCACAAGUGCAGGACGAGGAGAAGCCCCUUACGAGAGCCUAUAGAGGAGACCACUGGACCACUGUACCCUUUAUAGCCGCCCAAGUUGUUCGAUUCAGCGUUUUAAGGAACCAGAGGGCAUGGGACAGAGAGCUCAGCGUCAGUGAACUGUUAUUCCAGUCAUUCCAGUCGGCCUCAGAUGCUGGGACUUAGACCACAGAGUAUUCUUUGAGUAGUGAUAUUUGACUGUUCUAUUUAUUGUACUGGUAGCUGACAUGUAGAUGUGCUCAAGAGCUUAAAGUGACAAGACUACGGACUAAUCUUGGACCAGCCAGGCUAAGGACCUGCCAGAUGGACCCCAAAAGAGUGGUCCCUUGAGCUGCACUCACCGUCUAGCAUUGGCCCCGGAGGAAGCAGAGGUGCCCUUCAGAGUGCAAUCAUCUCAUUGGAUUCUCCUGGAGCUAGAAAAUCCGUGUUAUUCGUAAUUUAUUUUUUCUUUUUCAGCAGUCUUUUAGGCCCUGUAUGACACACUCACUCACACACACACACACACAUUCACAAUCUCACAGUGUCUUCUCUUAAUGUCACAUUCUGGUCUUAGACACAGUCUAACCCUGCACUAUGGUAUUUAAUGUACAGUUAGGCAUUUGAGACGACUUUAAUACUAGUUGCCUUCCCUUGCCACAAGCUAUAUUGAAUCUUUGGGCUUUCUUAUACUUUCCCCUACAACCCACCCUGAACCGCCAAUGGGACAUUCCCUGGUCUUUAGUCUGGCACAUGGCCUCUUGAAUGUACACAUUUAAGCAAUAGCACAUAUCUUAUUGAGUUGUCUUUUGUAGGUGAUAGUAUUAAUACGUACUUCCAUUUUCCAGCAGUAUGCACUUAACCCUUUCUCGAGAUCAACCUCAUAGUCCGGAUGUAUACUAUGUUUUGACACUGACGUGACGGCCUGUGCUCCCUCGUCUGGAGAGUCAGAUGUGCACAGCAUCUGUGGCUCUAGGGAUUUGCAGAAAAAAACUCCUUGCCACAGCUGCAUGCAUGCAUACAAUGAAAUAGCCAAGAAUAGUGGGAAUAAGAAGUGAGGUUGCACAAGGGGUGGCGUGAACGACAGUGAACAGCGCACUGUGAAAGUGCAUCUUGAGUGUCUGACCAACACAGUUCCUCAAUUCCCGGUCCCUGACUAGGCAGGACUGUGGCGCUAAUUAGCACUAGCUAAAGCUGUGACUGUGCUGUAGGCCUCAGGGCUUUCAUGGUUCACUGUACCUCCUCUAUCAAGUUAGUGCAUCAGACACUGAUAUGAUGGGCUUCCCUCAAAGGCUGGCUUACCUCAGCAAGGGCCAGCUAUGCGCUGUCACCGAGUCUGCUUUAUAAUCUAGACAUCAGCAUCUGAAUCAUCCGUAGCCACACGGUGCCUUAGAGGAGUCAGGUAAACUGUGGCGCUAACCACUGCUACCGGGGCAUCCUCUCUCUGCAGAUAAGCUUUCAGAUAAGCUUAUGUGUAAGCAAAUAAAAUCUAAAAAGACCAUAUUUUUUACUUCUGGUCAGCUAGUCUGACAAUGAAUUUAAAUGCAAUUCAGUCAGUUUGGUCCAGUGAAACAAAGGCACAUCCAUGGUAACUGUCAGAAACACCAUUUAGCUGGUGUCCUUGACUUAGGCGGACGCUCAGAAAACACGACUAUUAGUAUGGUGGAAUGCGUUGCCAGCAUGGAUUUGCAGGAGUGCCAGAGCAAAUAGAUGGGUGAAGUGAUUGAAGCACAAAGCCCCAGUUUCACAAACAUACCUAGCUGAACUCGUGUGAGCCUAAUGUUACUGACAGAUGACUCGAUUUGAUCAGUUUAGCAGCAAUACGGUUUGCGUUUUCCCAAAUUUCUACAAGAACAUAGGUCACAGCUGUGCAGUGUCUGUAUUGUUGCUAUACCGACCACCAGGAAACAAUCCCCAGAUGUCACAAUGUGAAACAGAAGUCUAAGUUUACAUUAGGUCACCGUCUCAGAACCUAGACGCCUGUUACCAUGGCAUCCAUAUUGGUGGAACUGUAGAACAUGUAAGAUAUUUGUACACAUUAAAAUGUUUAUAAGGAAAACAAA